CUCAUUCAUCUAAAAAAUAAGAAAAUAAUAAAAAAGAAAAAAAAAUAAAAGAAAGAAGAAAUUCCAACAGAAAAACGAAAGAUAUCGGGGACGACGUAUAACCGUGACUCUUGAUGAUGGAGGUUAGAUUUUGCAGAAGAUGCGGCACAAAUGUCUAAACUUUAUUAAAACCAACAACAAUAACAAUAGCAACAAUAACAGCAGCAGCAACAGUAGUAACAACAACAACAACAACAACAACAACAACAACAACAACAAUGACGACGACGACGACGACGAUGACGAUGACGAGAACAACAAAAUCGUUCCUUUCUCAAUCGGUGGUAAAGAUCAUAAUUUGGAAGAAAAGCAAAGGAUUAUUGAUAGAGCUCCUUUUCAAAACUUAAAGAUCGAUGAUGCACAAAUUUUAGAUACUGUAGAGGGUAGAGAGAUAUGUGAACAUUGUUAUAGGUCGAGAAAAUUUUUUUGUUAUACAUGCUUUACCCCUGUAAUUGAUCAAAAGUAUUUUCCUCGCUUAAAGCUACCUGUAAAAAUAGAUAUUAUUAAACAUCCUAGAGAAAUAGAAGGGAAAAGUACUGCGGUUCAUGCUGCUGUUUUAGCACCGGAAGAUGUAAAAAUAUAUAUUUAUCCUGAUUUUCCUGAAAUGGUAAAAAACGAAGAGCAAAACUGCUGUAACUAUCGAUAAUUUAUUUAUUAAAGAAGUCCAACAAGAUGGCAAAACUUUUUUAGAAAGGAUCAGAAAUGAAUAUCCAA